CAGACCACUCAUGUCUUCGAACUAUACGACAAUAUUGUCAAGGAUGAUGAUGAAAAACAGAUAGCAUACUACGCCAGUGGUGUGGGAACCUAUACCAGGUCCGAAGGUUUUGUGCUCGUGGAGCAGGUUUUGAAGAACUUGGACCUGGCCAUUGCUCAUAGUAUCAGGCGAAACAUAUUAAAAGCCUACGAAUGGCUCUCAGACAGAUACCAUGAUGGUGAUAAGAUCUUUUUAUUCGGAUUUUCAAGGGGUGCAUAUCAAGUCCGUGCUUUGGCAGGAAUGAUCCACGAAGUGGGCCUUAUCACACCUGGAAACGAAGGGCAGAUAUCAAGUGCCUUCCAGCAUUACUGCGCCAUUAAUAGCGGGAAGUCCAAGGAUAUUAAUGGUGCGAAGGAGUUCAAAAUGCAAUUCUCCAGAAGCGUAGUCAUACAUUUCGUUGGUGUAUGGGACACCGUUUCAUCUGUUGGUGUCAGGAAGACGAAGAAUUUUCCAUCCACUGAUACAUGCGAUCACGUUUGCUACUUCCGCCAGGCACUUGCGCUAGAUGAGCGCCGGGUGAAAUUUCUACCUGAGUAUGUCUACGGGGGUAUAAGCAAUCGAUCAAACUGGCUUAAAUACCAAGUGUCGACGGCACCUCCCACAGACGAAGGUCGUAUUAAGGAGGUUUGGUUUGCGGGUAGUCAUUCGGAUGUGUACGUGUCCCCUUCAUUGGAG